UUAUACAAUUAAAAGUAACUUAAAGUUCCCACUAUUAAUGGAACCAGUGUUUGGCUAUAUAUCCGGAACCGAAAGCCUCAAACGCUUGUUCCUAGGGAUGUAUUUUGGAGCCGUACCUCAUCAGAGCAUGAUAGUCAUUGACAUUUUAAAAGAUUAUGCUUUUUUGUAGGAUAUUGUAACUUGUUUUACUAUUUCCAGUUUUGGAUACCUUAAUUUGUAAUCUAUUGAUGACAACGAUAGUCUAUUUUCACUGUGCUAGUGUUGCAAUAGCAAAUGGGCUAACACUGCUCCUACCAGGCUUCUCUUUAUCUAACAUUCCUGCACCUUGGCUCACCUGACGCUUUGCCUGAUUCUAAGGGAAAAUCUCGGAAGAUAAACAGCCAUUAAAUAUGCGUGUCCGAGGCUUUCGGGCAUUUAGUAGGAUGCUUUGGGGAAGGUCUUUAUUAAGUGCAGGGCUCCAGUGCCUCAGAUGUAGAGUGAGAUGCCAUGUAAAAAGACAAUACAGCUUUUGUCAAGAUGAUGUCAAAUCAUUGCGGGCUGUCGUCAACCCUGACAUAUCCAAGAUCCGAAACAUUGGCAUUAUGGCCCACAUCGACGCAGGAAAGACGACAACCACAGAGAGGAUGCUUUAUUACUCCGGCUAUACAAGGGCACUGGGAGAUGUAGAUGAUGGGGAUACAGUCACAGAUUUUAUGGCUCAAGAGAGAGAGCGUGGCAUUACCAUACAGUCAGCAGCAGUCACAUUUGAUUGGAAGGGCCAUAGAAUAAACCUUAUAGACACACCAGGACAUGUUGACUUCACUCUGGAGGUGGAGCGGGCACUUCGUGUUCUUGAUGGAGCUGUUGCAGUGAUUGAUGCCUCUGCUGGUGUGGAGGCUCAGACUCUGACUGUGUGGAGACAAGCAGAGAAGCACCACGUUCCCUGUGUUUGUUUCCUGAAUAAGAUGGAUAAACCUGCAGCCAACCUGGGUUUUUCUAUUGAGAGCAUAAGACAGAAGCUGAAAGUCAACCCAGUCCUUCUGCAGAUUCCUAUUGGCAGAGACAAAAACUUCACAGGUGUGGUCGACUUAUUAACCAAGCAGAAGCUGAUGUGGAAGCUAGGAUCUAUGGGAGAUGAUGGACGCAUGUUUGAAAGCAAACCUCUCAACCAUUCCAAGGAGUCAGACCUCCUGCAGGAGGUCAGGGAGGCUCGGACGGCUUUAAUUGAACAGGUUGCUGAUCUGGAUGAUGAGUUUGCUGAACUGUUGUUAACUGAAUUUAGUGACAAUUUUGAUGUGGUUUCUUCAGUCCAACUCCAAGAGGCUGUGCGGCGGGUCACCCUGGCCCGUAAAGGCGUUCCAGUUCUCUGCGGGAGCUCUCUGAGGAACAAAGGUGUUCAGCCUCUUCUAGAUGCCAUCGCUGCUUACCUGCCUGCCCCCAAUGAACGACACCAUGACGUGGUGCAGUGGUACAAGGAUGAUUUAUGUGCUCUGGCCUUCAAGGUUGUCCAUGACAAGCAGCGAGGUCCUCUGGUGUUCCUUAGGAUCUACUCUGGGACUCUGAAAUCACAGACUGCUGUCCACAACAUCAACAGGAACAGCACUGAGAGGAUGAGCAGGCUGCUUGUGCCGUUUGCUGAUCAGCAUGUAGAGAUUCCCUCAAUGACAGCAGGAAACAUUGCACUAACUGUUGGACUGAAGCAGACGGUCACAGGCGACACCAUUGUUUCAUCCAAGGCUUCAGCAGCAGCCGCAGCCCAUAGAGCCCAAAAUGACAGCGGGACGGGGAAGAAGCAGGGGGAACAUGCAAGUGUGGUGCUUUCAGGAGUGGAGGUCCCCGAUCCUGUCUUCUUCUGCACUAUAGAGCCACCCACCAUGUCCAAACAGGCUGAUCUUGAGAAUGCACUUAACUGCCUCCAGCGAGAAGACCCCAGUCUCAAAGUCAGGGUCGACCCUGAUUCUGGGCAGACUAUUCUGUGUGGGAUGGGAGAGCUGCACAUCGAGAUCAUCCAUGAUCGAAUCAGAAGAGAGUAUGGCAUCGAGACUCACCUUGGACCGCUACAGGUGGCUUACAGGGAGACCAUUCUGCAUGAGGCCUCCACCUCAGAUACACUGGACCGUACAGUUGGGGAGAAAAGACAUAUUGUGACAGUGGAGCUGGCCGUCAGACCUGUAGACAUCCCCUCUGCUGGUGAUUCAUGUGAAUUAGUUUUCACAGAAGAAUUGGAGGAGAAACUCUCCCAAGAAAUAAAAAAUACAGUGGAGAAUGGAGUGCACAGCUCGUUUCUUCAAGGGCCAGUGCUGGGUUACCCUGUACAGGGUGUAUCUACGCUGAUCCAAAGUGUCAACAUGGAGCCAGGAACAUCACCUGCCAUGGUGUCAGCCUGCGUGUCCCACUGCAUGCUUAAGGCCCUGAGGCUAGCAGAAGGCCAGGUCCUGGAGCCCGUAAUGGCACUAGAGGUGACAGUCGGGGAGGAACACCUUAGUCCUGUGCUGGGGGACCUAGCCCAAAGACGCGGUACCAUCCGAGACAUCCAGAGUCGCCAUGACAAUAAGGUGCUGCUAGCAACUGUGCCCUUGGCUGAGAUGAUGGGAUAUUCCACUAUCCUGCGAACACUGACAUCUGGCAGUGCCACCUUCUCCUUGGAGCUGGACACUUAUGAGGCCAUGAACUCACAGGACCAGAACACCCUCCUCAGAAGAAGGGCUGGUCUCUUGUGAUCCCCUCUCCUCAACAUGGUGCAGCUGCUUGGCAACAGGACCACU